UGUGGACGGAGUGUAAACACAUGUUCGCCUCCUUCGCUCCGUGGAGGAUGCGCCUGGACAUUACAAGAGACUUUUAACACCUAUCAUUUCAUAAAUUAGAAGAAGAAAGGGGUGUCUUUUACGCACGUAAAAGAAUUCCAGCCUGACUGGGAUUUAUUCUGUGGAUUAUCUCCGACUGGCUAAACUUGUUGUUAAACUGUUAACUUCCGCUUUUUUUGUCAUAUUUUUGUGGCUGCUUUUCUCUCAGGACUGAUUUUACGCACAGUUUGUUUUUGAAUUCGAGUUAAACGGGACUUUAAAGUUAAUAUCAAGAAAGAAGAAGUCAAAAUUGAUGAUUUGGGGGAUGGCUACAGCCACCUCCAGCCCGUACCUUGCCAGCAGCAGGAUUUUAUCCGGUCCGGUUUCGCACUCCGACCGAAGAGUCGGUGGCAUUCAGCCGGCCAACUCUGCAGUGACCUCGGUGUCUUCCAGUGUGUUCAGGGGGGACCCCUCGGUCAAAAUGGUUCAGAGUGACUUCAUGCAAGGGGCCACCAUGGUGUCGAGCAACGGGGGGCACAUGCUUAGUCACGCUCACCAGUGGGUCACGUCGCUACCCCACGCUGCAGCCGCAGCAGCCGCGGCAGCGGCGGCGGCAGCCGCUGCUGCGGAGGUCGGUGCUCCGUGGCCGACCAGCUCUCAGACCCAGGACGUGAAGAGAAGCGGUGGUGGAGGGAGGGAGGACCUGCACUCGGCUGCUCUGCACCACAGGAGCUCUCAUUUGGGCGGGCAUCAAGCGCACACCGGAGGCUGGGGGGGAGCCAUCAGCAUCAGUGAGGGUCAGCAGCACCACCAGCAUCAGCAGCAGCAGCAGAACCUCGUUUACUCCCAGUCUGCUGCCUUCACUGUCAACGGGAUGCUCAGCACCCAGAGCCUCGUGCACCCCGGUGCGCUGGUGCGCGGGGACUCCCCAGAACUGGAGCACCCUCAUCAUCACCACCAUCCCCAUCACCAUCAUCAUCAUGCUCACCAGCACCAUCAGCACCAGCAUCAUCACCAUCACCACCAAGAGGCGCAUUCGGAUGAGGACACGCCGACUUCGGAUGACUUGGAGCACUUUGCCAAGCAAUUCAAGCAACGUCGCAUCAAGCUGGGCUUCACCCAGGCGGACGUCGGUCUGGCCUUAGGUACUCUCUACGGUAACGUCUUUUCACAGACCACCAUCUGCAGGUUCGAGGCUCUGCAACUGAGCUUCAAGAACAUGUGCAAGCUGAAGCCGCUGCUGAAUAAGUGGCUGGAGGAGGCCGACUCCAGUACCGGGAGCCCCGCCAGCAUCGACAAAAUAGCGACGCAAGGGCGCAAGAGGAAGAAGCGCACGUCCAUUGAGGUGAGCGUCAAGGGCGCGCUGGAGAGCCACUUCCUCAAGUGCCCCAAGCCGUCCGCGCAGGAGAUCAACAGCCUGGCGGACACGCUGCAGCUUGAGAAGGAGGUGGUGCGCGUCUGGUUCUGCAACCGCAGGCAGAAGGAGAAGCGCAUGACGCCACCGGGGCUUCCACGCAGCCCGGACAACACGUACUCGCAGGUGGGCAGCAUGGGCGCCGACACCCCGUCACCCUCCAUUGACUGCAAGAGGAUGUACAGCGACACGUGAAGGCAUCACCAUGCAAACUUUUUUUUUCAUCUUCGUGUCACUAGCUUUAGAAUGAACUUCGGUGCGUGUCCCGUUAUCCACUCUAACGUGGAGUGUGUGAGUGUUGUCAUUUCAAAGCAGCAGGUCAAGGUCAAGUUUUAUGCAUCCUUUUCUCAAAACAUAAUUAAGUCACAGACUUGAUUUAAUUUAACACUGCCUUGUUCCAGAAAGCAAUAAUGAAUACCCCCCCCCCCCCUUCAUUGUGUUUCUUUGUGUUUGUGCCCGUAGAUGACAAUUUCAGCAAUUGUUCCAGUAUUCUUUUUCAUUAUUAAAAACAUGCUUUAAAAAAGUCAAAAACCUUCCCUAUACAUGUACAAGUGAAGUGUGUAUUGUCUGAUGGUUUGCACUAUUUAUUUCCUUCUCAUGCUUAU